AUGGAGCUUCUCUGGAGCCUGUUACUCUCUGCUCUCGGCUUGUUCCUGUUUGCAUAUCUCUACCACGUGAAUCGAGCAAUCUCAACACUUCCAGACGAAGUUGAGAAGUUGGCCGGCAAGCCAUGGACGGAAGAAGUGGUUCAAGCAGCAUAUGAGAAGUGCCGCAGAGACAGGCCGGAUUUCAGGAAGUAUCUACCGGCAAAGCAGGACAGACGAUAUGUCGUGUUCGGAGGAUCAGGUCUCGUUGGCGGCUGGAUCGUCGAACAUUUAAUUAUGCGAGGAGAAAACCCUUCUGCAAUACGCAUCGCAGACCUCCAAGCACCUCGACGAGAACACGCAGUGAAGCAGCACGUGCCAUACUUGAAGGCCGACGUCACAGACCCGGCUUCUGUGUCCAAAGUCUUCACAACCCCCUGGCCGGCAGACCAUGCGGAGUUGCCACUGACAGUCUUUCAUACCGUCGCCUUCAUCCACGCCGGCUAUCGCAAGGCAGACUUCCUCGGCAAGUAUAUGAAGGUCAACGUCGAGGGCACAGAGAACGUCCUCGAAGCAGCGAAAGCCGCAGGCUGCGACGUCUUUAUCGCAACUUCCUCUUCCAGCGUGGCCAUUAGGCCUGUCAAUUUCUUCAUUGCACCAUGGGAGAAGCAUCCAAGGAAUAUAGUGCAGUUGUCGGACAACGCCGAUCCGCCACCCUUGAACCUGGAGAACUUCGCAGGUUGUUACGCCUAUACGAAGGCACUGGCAGAGAAACUGGUGCGCGAUGCGGACAGCAAGAAGGACUCGUUCAGGACUGGCGCUAUCCGACCAGGUCACACCAUCUACGGCCAUGGAGACGAGAACAGAAGCAGCAUAGUCUGGGACUACUUACGACGUGAAUGGCUGGCCCCUUUCGUCCUGCAAUACGUGUCCGCACAGAAUGUCUCUCUUGCCCACCUCCUGUACGAAAAGCGCCUGCUCUCGGGUCAUGAUAUCGGCGGCAACGCCUACGCAGUGUGCGAUCCUGGGCCACCGUUCCGCUACAGUGACUUCUACCGCCUUGCCUCGACACUUGCACACCCUAGCACGCCCAUGAAAUGGCCCAAGAUCCCGUUUGCCUUUGUCCUUCUCGUCUCCUACCUGGUCGAAGGGUACACGCUCCUCCAACGCCGCUACCUCAGCUUCUUACCCGAGAUCACCAACUUUGACCUCACGAUGCUUCAGCGCGCCAUGCUCAAUUACUCCACUCUGGUCAUCAUCUACGACGACUCGCGUGCUAGGAAAGAAUUGGGAUAUAAUCCAGGCCACGACACGCUGGAGGGACUGUGCUUACACAUGAUCGAGUGGAACGAGAAGGUGGAAGCGAGUCUGAAGGCGAAAGGUGAGGUGGAGGAAGAGGCGUCAAUCCUGGAGAAGACCAUUCCUGUAGUGCCCAAGUCGGCUUGA